ACGAAUUAACCGGUUAAGACCAACACCUCUGCCUCGAUAUUUGUGUUACUUAAAGUUACUUUGAAUUUGAGCAGUUCGAGAAAACUAAAAUGCCGUUUCGGGAUAAUGAAGUUUUAGACAAAAUAUUAAAAUCGAUGAACGAUUAUGAAGGGCCAGUUUCUCAAGAAACUUUAUGUAAUCAUCUUAAAACUCCCCCUAACCACACGAUAAUUCGCGUUAACACUGUAGCUACAAGCAAAGAAAUCCUUAAAGAUGACAUUGAAAAAGCGCUUGCAGUGCAAUAUGAUUUAAAAGGGGCUCCUCCUCCACUUGUCCAAUUCCACAGUAAAAUUGAUGACAUACUAGUUGUGAAGUGCAAUCAGAUAACUGAAAAGGUAGAACCUAUCUACCCGCAUGUUAUGGUUGGCUUGGCUUGUGCAGUUGCAGUGUUAAGGGGUGCGAACGUCUAUGCGCCUGGUGUAACAGCCAUUCCUUCUGGAGUUUACAUUGGCGACAGAGUUUCAGUGUUCGCUGACACUUUGGGUCAGUGUAAAAGAGGAUGGAAUAGUGAUUACCACGGGCAAAAAAUUUUUGUUGGCAAUGGUUUACUCGUGCAAAAUAGGAAAGAUUUGUUUACAGUUGCAGUUCCCAGCGGAUUGGCUAUCAACAUGGUUGAACCACUGUUUGACUGUCCCAGCAUUGGUGAUAUGUUGCAUGAAGACACGAUAGGUGGAAUCCAAAAAGGAUUUCUACAAAAUCUGCCAUCGGUCUUGUGUGGACAUGCCCUAAAUCCGCAAUCGCAUCAUCUAAUAUUAGACUUAUGUGCUGCCCCGGGGGGGAAAACUACUCAUAUUGGCUGCCUAAUGGAAAAUAAGGGAAAAGUGAUCGCUCUUGACAAAUCAAUGGCAAAAAUUAAACGAAUUCAAGAGAAUUCAACGAAGCUCGGUUUGACCAACAUCACAGCCUUUGCGUUCGAUUCGAUAAAAGCUUACAUCAAAAUACCUGAAAACCAGUUGAGUGGAUGCGACAUUAUAAAGGUUCCGCCUGUUCCAGAAUCACCACCAUUUCAUCCUUACACAUUCGAUCGGAUAUUACUUGAUGCGCCUUGUAGUGCUCUUGGGCAGAGGCCGCAACUGUACAAUCCGAUUCGUCUAAAGGAGGUGCAGUCGUUUGCAAGAUUGCAGAAAAAACUCUUCAUUGCGGCCGUGCAGUUACUGAAACCCGGAGGCCGUAUGGUAUAUAGUACGUGCACUUACAACGUGUCCGAAAAUGAAGAGAUCAUUGAUUGGGCAUUAGGGAAAUUCCCUUUCCUCCGUGUAGUAAGUCCUGAUAUUAAGCUUGGUAAACCAGGAUACAGGGUUGGUCGGUUAACAGAAGAAGAUUGUAUCGCGAUGCAGAGGUUUGGCUGUCCCGCUAGCUGUGAAUCAGAGAACGAAAAUUCGGAUUCUAUAGGGUUUUUCAUAUGUUGUUUAGAAAGUAUAGAAUCAAAAAGUGUGUAGAAGUUUUUUGUACUUGCAAAAGUAUUUCAUAUGUGUUAUAAUGGAGUGCUGGGAUUUGUCCAUUAUUACGCCAAUAUACUGUUGUUUUUUUUGCCCCCUAAAAACCCCACAAGCAGGAAAUAAAUUAGUUGAAAC